GUAAGCUGUUUUCUAGUUCGCAUUGCGUUGUUUCUAUGUUUACUCUGUUUGGAUUCUGUGAAAAUCAAGCGGACUGGAGAGGUUGAAAUUUCUUCCGUUUUUUUGAUGAUUUGGAUAGUGAAUGGUUUUCCUUGGAAUUGUGGAACUUUUUCUGAAUGCGCUGGGAUUCUGGCCGGCUUUAGGAUGAGAAAUUUAAUUGCAAUUUCUUAAAUUUUGGAUGGAAGUUUCAAUUUAGGGAAAGAAGUUUUAACUUUUAUUCUUCGUGUAUAUUACCGCGAAGAAAUUUUAUGCUUUUCCUUUUCUAGCUUGGUUAGGGUUCUUUACUAUUUUAGGUUACGGAAGCGGUUCCACUUUGUAAAACCCCAAACAUAUCAUCCCAAGCGGUUUUAGGUCCGGCUGCACUUAUACAAUGCAUUUGAGAGAGGAAUCUUGGAUUUAUGUUACUUUUCUCUGGUUUUACUUGAUUUUCGAUUUCGAUUUGAUGGAUUUGAAUUCAACAGACGCCUAUCUCGGACGAACCACGAACAUGGCAACACUGAGAACGCCGUUUGAUACCAACGAGGUAAUGCACUGCGAGAUGGAGUUGAUGCGAUUGAGACAAGAGAAAUUGGUGCUGGAGAUUGAACGGCAGAGAUUUCUGGAAGAGGAUGCGAGGAGAGAACUGAUGUUGUUCGAACGAGAGAGAGCGAUUCGUGAAGUUGCGCAAUCAGUGGGAUAUCCUCUCCGACAGCCCCAACCAUGGGGAGUGCCGUUCGCUGCGGCAGGGCCUUCUCUGUCUCCGUCGCCUGCGGUAAUGGUGCAAUCAUUCCAAGAAUGGCAGAGAAUGGAUAAAGCAAAAAGUUCCGAAUGCCUAGGGUUUGGUCCAGCGGCAUUGCCACCACGGGUUCAGCCGUUUAUGGCGGAACACUAUAGGGAGCGUCAAGUACUACAGCCUGAUGAAAACAAACUCAUUGUACUGGAAAAACCCGACCCAAAUUUAUUUAGAGAAAAGAGAAAGGCCGAGAUGGCAUCAACGUCUUCCGACAACGUCCAAUCAUCUUAUAUGAAGAAGACUCCAAAGGGCGAGUUGAGUUGUGCACUGUGUCAAGUUACCGUGACAAACGAAAAGGUUUUUAAUGAACACCUUCAUGGCAAGAAGCACAAGCGCAGAGAAGCUGGUCUGAGGGCUCAAAAUGCAAGCAAAUUUUUCCAGGCUGCACCACCCGAGCCAUUAUCUAACAAAAGGAUGAAGCUGGAGAAAACGUUUGGCUCUGCAGGUGCAAUCGAACUAAAGGAGUCGAAAGAUGGAGAAACUCUUCAAGGUGAGAAAACGGAAGGUAGUUUUGUCGCGAACGCAUUAAUUCCGAACUUUCUGGAAUCAGGUGACAAAGAGGAUAAUGAGCAACAGAACCAGCAGAACCAGAACAAUAACCUGGAGAACCUUCUGAAAUCAGUUGAAAAAGAGGAUGAUAAGCAAGAGAACCUGCAGAACUUUCCGAAAUCAGAUGACGGUGAGGAUAAUAAGCAACAGAGCCUGCAUAACCCGAACCUGCAGAACUUUCCGAAAUCAGAUGACAGGGAGGAUAAUAAUCAACAGAGCCUGCAUAACUCGAACCUGCAGAACUUUCCAAAAUCAGAUGACGGGGAGGAUAAUAAACAACAGAGCCUGCAUAACCCGAACCUGCAGAACUUUCCGAAAUCAGAUGACGGGGAGGAUAAUAAUCAACAGAGCCUGCAUAACCCUAACCUGCAGAACUUUCUGAAUUCAGGUGAAUUAGAGGAUGAUAAUAAGCAACAGAACCUGCAAAACAUUCUGGAAUCAGGUGACGAAGAGGAGGAUGAGCAACAGAACCUGCAGAACCUUUUGAAAGCAGGCGAAAACGAGGAUGAUACACAACAGAACUUGCAGAACCAGAACCAGAACUCGCAGAACGUUUUGAAUUCGCAACAGAACCAGAACCUGCAGAACCUUUUGAAUUUGCAACAGAACCAGGCAGUGUUUGGGCAAAACUUUACCACUGAGGACCUUCUUGCGGCGAAAAAGAAGUUUAAGUUUUGGUGUAAAAAGUGCAAGGUUGGUGCUUAUGCUGCAGGCGUGAUGGUUGCUCAUUUGAAUGGGAAGAAACACCAAGCAAAUCUUCAACAACCUGAUCAAACUUGGACAGGGAGGCCAUUUUAGCUUUCAAGAAACCUGAGAGAGAUGCAGAUGUAGAUAACUGGACAAAAGAAGAGGAACGGUCGACAACAGGUAUUGCCCGUUGAUUAGUGAUAGGGCGGUUUAGAAUGACUUUUUAAGUACUUUUCAAGCUUUUCAUAGUCGAAAAUGGAUUUUCAAAAUCGUAGGAGGUGCAUGGUUCACAGCCGAAGUCUCGAGAGCCUCUAGAACCUCUAGUAAGUUGACCGUUUAUUUAGUUAAUAUAUUCCCAUCUUCUUUCGUGCUAAAUUAUCCUUUACUUGCUCUCUUUUUUGGAGAAAAAGGCUUGCCUGGUGGCUACAGCCAUACAACCAACCCAAAGCUAGUAGACAAGUUAGAGUGGUUGGCUUAGCCAUAAACAAGCCUUUGAUGAUAUAAUAAAGAGCGAGUAAGGGACUGCAUUUGGCUUGAGAAGGGUAAAACAAGAUAUUGUGAAUAUAUUUCCUUAAUUAUCGUCUCCAUUUUGGUGCGAGAACGGUUUUUCAUAGCAUGAAUCGAGAAUGUCGAUGAACAUGUUCGAAGCUAUAAUUUGUAGUUUUAUAUGGUCAAAUUGUUCUCGUCCUAUUUGUACCGUGAAGGAUUGGGUAGCGUAUUUUAGUAGGUUAUCUUGUUAGUUCUCUUUCAUGUUCGUGGGUAAUAGUUUCUUGAACUUCAAAAUGUACGUACUUAAUUGGCCCUUUAAACCUAAAUACAAUGUGUUUAAUAUAUGUUAACGAAUCCCAUUGAACA